UCGUUUAUUUUAGGCGCUGUCGUCUAAUCAUGGCUGCUGGUGGCUCGGACAACGCGGCGCCGUCGACGCACCAGCCGUUGGAGCAGUUCGUGUUGCUUGCGAAGUCUGCGAAGGGAGCGGCUGUUGUGGCGCUGAUAACGCAAGCUCUGGAGGCGCCAGGCGUCUACGUGUUUGGCGAACUACUAGACAUGCCUAAUGUGCAGGAGCUGGCUGACACAGAGUUCUCUCAUCAUUUGGAGCUACUGAAAGUAUUCGCAUAUGGCACUGUAGCCGACUAUAAAGCUUGCCAACCUCAGUUGCCAGCCGUAACACCUCUACAACUAGUCAAACUGAGACAUCUCACUAUCGUCUCUCUAGCUGCAAAAUCUAAAGUAAUUCCAUACGAAACACUACUUCGAGAACUGGCAAUUGAUAGUCUUAGGGAAUUGGAAGAUCUCAUCAUCGAGGCAACGUAUGCCGACAUUAUUAGAGGGAAACUUGAUCAGAAAAAUCACAGACUUGAAGUUGAUUACGCUAUUGGUCGUGAUGUGAGAGCAGAAGAAAUUGGAGGGCUAGUAGAUGUAUUACGGAGCUGGUGUGACGGUUGUGAAACUGUACUCGGUAGCAUAGAAUUCCAGAUCCAACACGCUAAUACUUUGCGAAAAGAAAGUCUUAUGACCAAGCAGAAAGUUGAGACAGAAGUUGAGAAUUUGAAGAAAACUUUAGUAGCAUCGGCAGACUUGGCAGACGGUCAAUCAAAUACUCAACAGUUUCAGCAGGCAUCAGCCCCAGCAAAGAAAUCAGCACGAGGAUCAAGCAAGCUGUUGGGUGCAGUAAAGAAAUCGAACUGAUAACUUCUAUGUAAAGUGUAGUGCAGUCUUCUACAGCACGUGGUUUUGUAUACAUCAGCAAACAGACAUUGUAAGAGACGGUAGCAUCUUUGAUGUCGUCGUGCACGUGUGUACCUUCAUGAUGAGGUCAUGUGUUCAUUGAAUUAAUAUUAAUAGUAGAGUUAAGUUGUGGCGUUGUGUUUAGUUGUUGCCUGUGAUUUGUGUGGCAUGAUGGGUUGUUGCAUUGUUGACCCUAUGAGGUCUCAGAGGUUGGCAUGAUCAGUUUUAGUGUGUAAGAGCCAUCAUAGAGCUACCACACACAGAACAAUGACAACAGUGUAGAUCCAAAAUGUUUCAGUCUGUGGACGUUUGUCAGUUGAGCUAUUACGUGUCUUUUGGUCUGUGGACCUUUGUUGGUUAUAGUAAUUCAACUGAACAUCCACAGGCCGGAAUGUAUUGGAAAUACACUGUUUACAUUGCGUGUGUAUGAUAGCUCUACAUACUAAGUCUCUUACGUGGUUGCCACAGCAGUGAGCCUGUGGAAAU